AUGGCUGAAUCUCUUCUGUUUUGUGUUUUCCAGCAUCCGGCAGAGGUCCAGGUUCUGAUCUCAGCCGAGGGCCAGCAGCUCAGAAUACACCUGGAAAAAAACGAACAGCUGCUGGCCCCUGGGUAUCAGGAAAUCUGGUACAGCCCUGAUGGAGCUCGCUGGUCCGCUUCUCCUGCCAGCACCGAAAAUUGUUUCUAUCAUGGCGAAGUUCUGGGCAUUGAAGGCUCCAGUGUUGCUGUCAGCACUUGUUCAGGGAUCAGGGGACUGAUCUCUCUGAACGAAAGCGUGAGCUACCUAGUAGAGCCUCUUCCCGAUUCCACCGGUGCCCGGCAGCAUGCUGUCUUCAGAGCGGAGAGUCUCCGUCUGCCCGAGGGGAGCUGCACACAUCACUAUGGCGAUGAGGAGCAUCGGGGCAGGCUUAAUGACUUCAUCCGAGGAACGGCGUCUCCACGGAUUGGGAGGGAGAAAAGGGAGGUGAUGCAGAACAUGAAAUAUGUGGAGCUUCUGUUGGUUGCAGACAGAGCUGAGUUCGAGAGCCACGAUAGGAGUUUAGACAAGACAAGACAGAAGCUACUGGGAGCAGCCAACUUGGUUGACAAGGUAGCGUCUCGUUUGAAACGUCAUUAAACACACA